AGUCAUGGCAGAGUGAUUCAGCGCAAAAAUACAGUCUUUCCACGGAAAACUUUUAGUUCUUAAACAUUACAUCCAACGUCGGAUUAUUAUUACCUGGGGAACGCUCUUACGACAGAAAGGAAGCUGCAGCUUUCAUAACUUUUUUUUGCAAAUAUCAACGUCAUCUCACACAAACAGUGAAUUGAACUUUUAGCGAAAGAUGUCGUGAAGAUAUUUGUCCAGUCCUUCCACAGUUUGUUUUCGGUUGGUUUUUGGUCAUUUAUUCACACAAUGAACGCUAUCAUCGCCCUGUGUCACUUUUGCGAAUUUCAUGGACCAAGCGUCUUGUUCUGUACUCAGGCAUUUCAUUGUGAAGCUCAUGACCCCUUAAAGGGAACCAAUACCUCUGUUCUAGAAUGUGGAGCUUGCAACAAACGGAAUUUUACACGGUUUGGGUCAGAUACUCCAGGAUCAAGUACACAAGGAUCACGCGAUGUCUGGGCAUCAUCCAGAUCAAGCCAAUGUGAGGCUUGCAAGUCUCUGGAUCACACCCAUGCAGGAUACAUCAGUAUAGAUCAUGAAGCACAUAUCAGUUACUACAGCAACAGGUCACCUGAGCAGCCAGAGUUAUACAGCGUAGUAAGACAGGCUUGUGUUAGAAGUUUGAGCUGUGAGGUGUGUCCAGGUCGUGAGGGUCCAAUGUUUUUUGGAGAGGAGACAUCAGGAUAUGUUUUCACUCACACCUUCUUUCUGAAGGAUUCUCAGUCAAGAGGAUUCCAAAGAUGGUAUAGCAUAAUUGCAGUUAUGAAGGAUCGCAUUUAUUUGGUGAAUUCAUGGCCAUUCCUUGUGAGCAAUUUCAGGGAACUGAUAGAUGAACUGCAGGCUAAGGCAAAUGCAGUUUAUGAAACAGAACAUGCAGAAAGUGUUCAGAAAGGACAACACAUUCAGCCUAGUGCAAAUGGAUUCCUUCAUGCUCCUGAUAUUUUCAGAAGACAGCGAGGUGGAAAUAAAACUUACAGAGGGAUUGCAGACAUAUUAGGAGAUAAGGACUUGUUUGCUACUCUUCAUCAACGGUUUUCAUGGAUGUUAAAAGCCUGUGGAAACAGAAUAACUGAAAAGCUUCUAGAAGGACCACCAAGAGAGGAACUACUGACAGAUCUUGAAGCUCAUUUUGAGGAUGAUGAUCUUCAAGAAACGUCUGAUACAGAAAAGGAAACUGAGAGCCAAGAAGGUGAAACGACUGGGCCAAUUUUUACCUCUCUUCAACACAUUUUAAAGGUGUUGGGAGGUCACAAGUUCCAUUUGUUAGCUUUUCACGUGAUUCAAGGCAAUCAAGUCAUUGUGCGCGGUGAGAAACGAAAGACUGUUGAAUCAGUCUUAAAUUGCUUGAAGGUACUGAUACCGAGUGGUUGUUGUUCGUGUAUUCCUUACAGUAAGAAAUACAAGGAUUCAUGGCGGUGUAAUUUCCUGGGUCUUGCUCCUGGGGUAGAGAUUCCUUCGCAUGUGUUGUCAUCAGAUCUCUUUGUUUUGCUUGAUAUCAUAUCACCUCGAGAGCAGGUCCAGGUCCCUGAAGCUUCUGGCUCGGAGCAGCCAAGAGAUGAAGAACAAGACUUUCUUGGGUAUGGCUUUGUUGUUUUUGGUAAAGAGAAUGCGACAGAUCCCACCGUUCUCCAGAAAGUAGAAGGCGCCCUGGCGAAUGAUUCUCUCUCGGAUGCAGUUUUUGAUCAGCUGUUGACUUGUCUGAAGGAAGAAUGGAUGGACAAAGUAAAAGUGAUUUUCAAGUUUUCAAGGUCAGGUCCAAGCACCAAGGAGGAUAAAGAGAAACUUCUGAAAAUUCUUGGUGCAAAACCCGAAGACGAGAUUGUUCUGAAGUUUUGGAUGACAGGACUUAACAAACAGUACCGUUCCCAUCUGCUGACCUGUAGCAGCACUGGUUCAUCCUCUUAAUCCUCGUUUACCAAUCCAACUUGUUACGACUUUUCUCAGUUUUGUGUCGUGAUUUCUGCGGCACUGCAAGGCUCAUAUCGAGCUUGCGGGUGUCAUACUUCCUUGCUGAUUAGCUAAGGAAGUCUUGCUACUGUCCUAUUUUUAAAUCGCGAUCAGAGGUACAGAGAGGAACCCCUCAGGAAUAUUGUGGCGUAUU